ACCGUCUCGUUAAAAAGCACUCGUCGAUGUCGGCGGAGCAUUUUAAAAAUGAAGUCAGCGACUUUCAUUCCUUCUCUCCCGACGGACUGGCUCUUUCGGCGUUUCUUCUCUCCUUCCCUCCUGAUAAAGCUGAACUCUUGAACGUCGCUCGUCGCUCGUUGCUUCGCGGGAUUGGGGUUCGAGGAGCGGGUCCGCUAUCGCGGUUGGCGCGUGUGGGGCUUGUGCACGUGAGGGGGGCUCGGUCCCCCAGGGGCACGUGUUGGGAUCUCUCGCAUUUGCUUUUCCUCGCAUCGUUAACACUUGUCGCUUGGUUGUUCAUCGCCACUCCUUCUUCUUGCUGCUGCAGCUCUCUCUCUCUCUCUCUCUCUCUCUCCACCUCUUCUCCUUCUCCUUCAAUGAAACAGAGAAAUCCAACUACAAAGCAAACUUCUCCGAUGCCAGGACACAGCGGCGCCUCAGAGUACACAGCUUUGGGGGGCGAAUCGUCCCCAAAAUUGGAGAAAUUUCAAAAGGUUUCAAUCAUACCUCUUGUUUUCCUUAUCUUUUAUGAAGUCUCUGGCGGUCCAUUUGGUGUAGAGGACAGCGUGAAAGCAGCAGGUCCCCUUUUAGCCCUCCUUGGUUUCUUGAUAUUCCCACUUAUAUGGAGCAUCCCCGAGGCUCUGAUUACUGCAGAGAUGGGCACGAUGUUUCCUGAAAAUGGAGGCUAUGUAGUUUGGGUUUCAUCGGCUUUGGGGCCUUAUUGGGGCUUCCAACAGGGCUGGAUGAAAUGGCUGAGUGGCGUAAUCGACAAUGCGCUGUACCCAGUUCUCUUCUUGGACUAUCUUAAAUCGGCAGUCCCAGAUCUCGAAGGUGGUUUUCCUAGAACUGUAGCUGUGCUUGUACUGACUCUUGCACUGACUUAUAUGAAUUACCGGGGUUUGACAAUAGUGGGUUGGGUUGCUAUACUGUUGGGAGUGAUAUCCCUUCUUCCUUUUGUGGUCAUGGGACUGGUGGCCAUUCCUGAUCUGAAACCUUCAAGGUGGUUGAUGGUAGAUCUCGACAAUGUCAAUUGGGGGUUAUACUUAAACACUCUCUUUUGGAACCUCAAUUAUUGGGACUCCAUCAGUACUCUCACUGGCGAAGUAGAUAACCCGAGCAAAACCCUCCCGAGAGCUCUGUUUUACGCUCUCAUCUUGGUCGUCCUCGGGUACUUCUUCCCUCUCCUGAUUGGGACUGGAGCCAUCCCAGUUGAGCGCAAGUUGUGGUCUGAUGGGUACUUCUCAGACAUUGCCAAGAUCCUUGGAGGUGUCUGGCUGCGGAGUUGGGUCCAAGCUGCUUCCGCUCUCUCCAACACGGGGAUGUUCAUGGCCGAGAUGAGCAGUGAUUCAUUCCAGUUGCUUGGCAUGGCAGAGCGAGGGAUGCUUCCCGAGUUCUUCGCCAAGCGAUCCUGCUAUGGGACUCCACUCUUUGGGAUAUUAUUCUCAGCCUCAGGUGUCAUCAUGCUCUCGUGGUUGAGCUUCCAGGAAAUCGUGGCCGCAGAGAAUUUCUUGUACUGCUUUGGGAUGAUCAUGGAGUUUGUGGCCUUUGUGAAGUUGAGGGUGAAGCACCCCACGGCUUCUAGGCCUUACAGGAUCCCGGUCGGGACAGUUGGGUCGAUUCUCAUGUGCAUACCCCCAACCAUGCUUCUCCUCGUGGUCGUGGCUCUCGCACCAAACAAGGUCAUGGGUCUCAGCCUUGUGGCGGUGAUGAUCGGGCUUGUUCUAGAGCCCUGCCUUAGGUAUGCAGAGAAAAGGAGAUGGUUCCGGUUCUCGAUCAGCGCCAAUCUGCAGGAUUGUGGCCCUGCUUUUCACCAGUGCAAUGACCACCCAUAGCCGGCGACUUCCUACGUCUGUCUUGAUUGUAAUUGUGAAUCCAAGUCAGUCUUCUCACAGCAUCAUAGUUGCUUUUCUUCUCCCAGGUGACCAUAGAAGUCAGUUUCUGUUGCUGCGAAUAUGACGAGUUCUGCCGAAUGUACAUUGAGUUGAUCCUGUGUCAGUCAAAUGAGAAGUUUCUAUGCACUCAAAUGCUACGUUUCCUCAACAUCUUCGGGAAAGA